GAUGACACAUUACAGUACAAAAUAUGAGUAAAUGUGAACAGAAGUUCUUUAAAAUGUUACAUACAUUUUUUUUUUGUGUAGCUUGCUAAUAUUAAUGUUAUGUAUAUUUAAUGUAAUUCGCAAUAUUUACAUGUGAUUUGUGUGAAAAAAAACACCCUCAAACGCAUCGCGAAAAACCACGUGACGUGCUUUCUUUCCCUUAUUGGCCAGUCGGCGGGCAGAAGAAUAGAAACCGGAAACGCGUUUGUUAGGCAAGUGAAUUAAUACAAUUAUCGUAAAAAAGACAACAUGGAGCAAUAUUGGCGGUUGUUGAUACAUUUAAAAACUAUUUGUAUGCUCAUUACACUAAAGUUGGAGUGAACUUUAAUACAUUUCCCCUCCUCCAGGUUAAAAGAUAAAAAGAUGGCAGGCUCUUACCGGACGACGUGCUUUCAUGCUAAUAUCGGCCAGUUUAUCUGAAGUGCGUCCCGGAGGUCCGAGUGGCUCCUGUUCCCUCCCAGAGGAAACCAGGCCUGAACUAAUCGUCUGAGCGGGAGAGAGAGAGCGAAGAGACCACGUCUGUGUUCCAGUGAGAUUCUAAAGUCAUACCUGAAAGUCGGAGGGCUGCGGUGACCGCCAGUGUCUCUGAUGGAAGCCAUGGAGGAGCCAAGAAAGUCGCAGCUGCCUCUUUGACAGCUGCAGGAGGAUCGACACAAGCUCCGCUCUUGUUUACGCUACCGAGGCGAUGGAGUACCGCGCCGCACUCCGAGAGCCGUCCGCUCUGGGGGGAAAUGAAGUCAAGUGCCGUGGCCGUGAAACCGGCGCUGUGACCCAUCAAUCAAAGAGCUGCUUCCUCGGAUAUUCCCACAGCCUCGGCCAAUCAGGCGGCGUGUUACUUCCCCCGGCAACUGGAGAUGAGCUGCUAUAGAGAAGAAGUCAUAUCCCGUGUGGGAAUAUCAAUGCAGCCUUCCUGGAGAUCACCACUGAAUGUUUCCUCACCGGCACCAUGGAACUGAAGCUAGAGGUUGUUUUGUCCUCCAGCAUCAAGCGAAAGAAGCCAUGGCCGCGCUUCUGCUGGCUCGGACAGGAGAAGGAGUCCGUCUUCCUGUUGGAUGACAAAAGGCUCAGCGAGAUCAACAUGGUCUCCGGUCGCACCAAGAAGAAGACCCCGAAACUUCACCCAAUGCUAAACAAUGUGGUGACGAUGGCUCCGUCUCGCAAUGGUUUGUGGUUCUGUGGACUUUUGGGCACGGGAGAGCUCUUUUUAUGGAACAGGGAUAAGGACUUGUUAAAGACGACCACAGCUGUGCCUGAAGUUGUUCAGUUGAUUUCUGAUAUCCGAGGAAAUGCUCGGCUGACCGUCCAGGUGUCAGGCGACGGGGUGCGCGUCCUGGUGGUCUCCACAUCGGCGCAACUGUUCUUAUGGGAGUGCACGGACAUCAGAGACCUGGCGGAGAUGUCCGUCAACACCAUUAAGGGGCGAUGGGCUGAAAUGCAGCCGCUUCACGAUUCCCUUCUGCCCUCCAUAAAAGACAAAGAAACAUCCCAGUGUACCAUCUUUUCCAAGACCGAGUCUAUGGGGGAUAUCUGCCUAUCAGCGUUUGUAUUCACAUGUGGGAAGAAGCUAAUUAUCACCUGCCUCAAAGUCCAGUGGAUGGACGACUACAUGAACUUGAGCUCCAUGGGAUACAGCAUACAAUGGGCCACCAAGACAUACCCCAUGUCGCGUCUUACCCCCACCUGCCAACCGGUGAAGUCCAGAGGGGCGCUGGUGGCCGACUUCUCUCCUGAUGGAAAACUACUUGCCAUCGUUUUGAACCAGCGGCAGCCCAAGGCGACACAGGUUGUAUUUGUGAGCACACAGAAUUUUAUCUCUGUAUCAAGCGGCCUUGGUGGAUGUGGUUGUAAAUCUGAAGCGAUUCCUUCUAAAUACGUAAGGUCGUACUGGGUGAGCGGUCUAAGCUGGUCACAUGAUGGCCUUUUCCUCGCCUGUGUUCUGAAGAGAGGCGCCCUUCUCAUCCUGGCUCGUCUCGGCAGGCUCCUCUCGCUAACAAGCACCGGUUGCAAAGUUGACUUUGGACCCGCGCACUUCCUCCCCCUGCACCCGCUGGUCACUUACCGGCCACCGGCCGGAAUAGCAGAGGCCUCUCUUUCUAGCUCCAGCGUUUCAGCACGAGACGCAAUGAGACAGCGCUAUUCUGUGACCUGGCAUCCUCGCCUCUUGUACUGCAUUGUGUCUGACGGCUACAUGGCCACGGUGCUGAAGGUUCUGAACAGGCCUUCUGCUGCAAUGCUGGUGAAAACUGUGUUAGAUAACACCAGCAAGGACCUUCAAAAGGCCAGCCAGCAUCUGGAUACAUCACAGAGUUACGUGAAGAUGUGUUUGGAGUCUGUAUCGUUCCCCAAUCUGGACCGUGGCUUUGAAGACACCAGAUCAUUCGCCACGAGUGUGCCUCCUGCCACCGACUCUAUUUCUCCAGCCACACAGGAUUCCCCUUUGCCUCUUUUCCUCCAGGACCAGGGGCUCCUCAGUAGUACAAAAGAGCUCAUAGAUAAAGUGCAGACCUUCUUUGAGGACGAUUCUGACAUAGACGGACCUCCUGCUGGCUCUCAGCCGGCGGAUGGCGGACGUCUGGAGUUUGCCUCCAUGUUUGAUACAGUUCACGCGCCGGACUCGGAGGCCGACUCUAAACAUACGGCUAGCUCCGAUGCCGAGGAAGACUUUCAGGAGAGCGUCCACCAUCUUCACCAUGAACUUUUGAAGAUUCAGAACGGACUCUUGACAGCGUGGGCUCUCUGCAUGUCUCUGGGCGCCGCGUUGGAAAAUCGCGCUCACCUGCUGAAGUACGCCAUCUACCGACUGGCGCAACUUGCCGCUUUUCUCCACUUGAUCCCGAGCAGUGAUGUCCGCUCGGGGAAAGGUUCUUCUUGGCUCCUGCAGCUUCUUAAAACGAUUUUAUCGUUUCUUCCGUGGGAUCACUCAGGUGGGCCUCAAGCCCUGGGGCUGGUGGUGGAACUAAGUAGGCAGCUGGUGCACCUGCUGCUGGGCCCUCAAAGCGAGUUCUGCCCAGCAAGUCGCUUAGAAAGUCUAUGCAGAGCUGUGCUGAUUCUCAAUCUGGUCUCCGAUUCCCUCGAUCGUGCCUACAGCCUGCAACAAAGAAGUGUGUGGGCUUCAGCAGAGAAGGACCCUCAGAUUGCAUCUUCAGAUGUAUACCAUGUGCCUUUACUACAGGAAGGCAAGGAAAAGGAAAGAGGAGUUGCACGUCAGGGUCUGCCUGUACCCCACAGACCAUCCAGCAGACUUGCUGGAGUGUGGAAGUGGGUCUACAAGGUCAGCCGGCAAUACCAAGAGGAGAUCCGUGGCUUUAAAGAUGGCAGCGGUUGGGAGGCGGAAGACGAGCAGCUGUCCGUAAUCAUAUCUGAGAUCCAAAGAGCUCUGCAAGCUACAGGAGAACGACUGGAGGAGGGCCCCACACUGCUGAAUUACACUGGUGAACAGCUAUUCCUGUGUGGCUUGUACCAAAACGGUGUUGAGACGCUGCAAACACAAAUUUGGGAAGAGAGUAAAAAAAGUUCUCGUAGUGUCUUCCAGGAGACAAGGCUUUGUUUGGCUCUCCUCUACAGCCUGUUGGCCCAGUAUCAUCUCAGAGAAGCCGUGGAGUUGGGAGAACACAUGGCCCACUUGGUUCUGCACAGAGCGGGACAUUACAGUAACGACGCCGCUUGCACAGAAUCAGCUGACCCACUUCUGCCGACAAACCUGCAUAUUGACGCCGCCUAUGCCGUCAUUCAUGCUCUGGCGAGAUUCAUGGCCUCCUAUUUUACUAAUCGGCCGCUUAACAUCCUGCCUGCGCACAAUGUGGCCGUCCUGCCACCGCUACAUCUACCUCACGCCUUAAAUGUGGGACGCUUGGUGCCGCUCAGCCAAGAGGAGGUGGCUCGAGCGGUCCGCCAGCAGCACAUGUCCGAGAAGUGGACAGUGGACUACGCCCUGGACCUGCUCCUUCUUGGGGGUCUGCUCCCAGAGACCGCCUGGCUGGCGUUCAAUCUCGGCGACUGGAAGACGGCAGCCUCUGUCAGCCUUGCCUACAAAAACUUCUGCCUUGACCAAUUGGACUUCACUCGGAUUAACAGAAAGGAGCUUCACCUCCCGAAAGCUUUACUCCCUGAGAGUAUUUUCCAGGCAGAGUUGCAGCAUCUACUUGACAAUAACUCUCAAGAACUCAGGGAUAUCACCGAUAAGAAGUUUAUAGCAUCUUGUCUCAAACCUCUAGACCCUCUGGAAGGAGAAGACUUGGCAUUGUUACAGGUGUCCAUCCACGAGAUCCUAAAGGCCUCCGUCAUGGCUGGUGUGAAUGUGUUGUCCUCACCCUUGACCUUCUUAUUGGACUCGGCCAAGGACUUGUGCUCAGGCCUGCCCGCUUUGGUGCACAGUGGACUCUAUUUGCCAUCCCCACCUCUUUAUUGUCCUCAACCUUCCCCAAACACACAGGAUCCAGUAGGACCAGCGGGGCAGCUUACAGAGAUUGCAACACGUCACAAAGUGUCAGGAGUUCUCCAAAGGAUGCUAUUACUCCUCAGGUCCUCUCAUUGUUGUCACCCUGCUGCUCAGUGGUACAUUCGUCAUCUACGCCGUGCCAGGCAUCUACUCUUCAAGAUAAAGAUGAGGUACGGUUACCCAUCCGCUGCUGAAGAGGAAAAAGCUCUCCCAGAAGGUUUGAGGAAGUUUGUCAGCCAUGGUGGAUUCUUCAAAGAGAUGGAGAACAAAAACCUGGACUCGGAUGCUAUUCACACUAUUAUUUGCUUCAGGGAGCUGUGUGGUUUAUGCUGGAUGCUUCAUGUCAGAGAUCAGCUUUCUAUUGCCUGCAGGAAGUACCAGGCGGCCAGAAUGCAACGGGCUGAUACUGAGGUUUUGUCAGCCUGCAUGGACACUCUUCUAUGGGCCCAUCGUUACUUGCCCUUCUCUCACUUGCUGAAUGCUGAGGAAAUCCUCCAGGACCUUCUGCUCAGCCUGGUGUCCGAACUGCCACCUAUUGCUCUGGUGGCAGACACGCUGGUACUUGCCUUCCCAGAGAAGGAGGAGUCUGUCAGAGUCUCCCUGAGGGAAAAGUAUAACUCACUGCUGCAGAGCCUGAAGCAAUGCAGUGUGUCUGAGGGGGACAAAGACCAGGCCAAAAUGACCGUUCUGAUCCAAAACAAGUCCAAGCAGAGGAGAAAGCACCUCGGCCGCAUGCUUAGGCACCUGGCUCCCCUUGAGCUCCGACUGUGGGUGAAAGAAGAGGAAGAUGAAGACAGGGGACGCAAACCCGGGGCAUCUGUGCCGAGGCAGCCAUCACCUGUCGUGAGUGUGAACCCCAGCACUUUAACCGAUACAGCAGAGAUCGAGGGCGUCUCUCCAAACCCACAUAGCCAAUCUAAAGCAAGGGGGGCGAGAGAAAAAAAAAAGAGGACUGCUGUUCCAGCGAAGCAAAAUGUCAGUCAACAUGAUGCAGCGCUAACCUCCCUUCCUGUCGUUGGUACUUGGGAGUUUGAACUCGAGGACGACGAGUAUCUAAACUUUCUCGAGCUCUUCCUCAGCUACAUGCUAGAGAAGGACAGCGUUGACGGCGGAGAGCCUCCCUUGCUGAAAUCCUUUUGCACCAUGAUGAGGGAGCGAGAGUUGCAUUCGCUUACCUUCGACGUGCUCACAACGAUGCACCGGCGCCAAAGAGACAGCGGACAGUACCCGGAGAGGAAACUCCGCAACAACGACCUUCCUGUUUUCAGAGCUGGCUGCUGCCAGAGGACAGCGAAACGCGACACGACAUCUGAGCAGCAAACUUCCACCAGCCUCUCUGCACUCGCUCUGUCUGAGAGGCAAACUGGAUUGUUUAGCCGCCUGCACAGCAAUGUUAAAGAGUUAAAGAGAGUCUCCGCUUCCGACUUGAGCCAAAGUGCCCUGCAGGCAACAGAAUGUUCAGUGUCUCCAGAAGCCGUUGUAGAACUGCAACAGGUCCUGGACUCUAAAUUAGAGGCUGAAUUCCCAGAACUCGGCAGGCUGCUGGAGUGGAUGUUACGCUGGGCUGACAGGAGGGCGCUUCAGGGUCAUCAGGGCAAAAAGAAAAAGAAGGCAGAUGGAACGUUCGAUGAAGGUAUAGUCAUUCGCGUUAAAACCUCUGCACCGGCCGUCCUUACUUCUCUCGGCCUGCUGGAGCACAGGUUCUCUUCUGUCCUUGAAUCUGACGCCGUAGUUCACGUCCAAGUCCCGGAAACAAAGGGGACUGGUUUUCCAGUGGUGCAACCUGAGAUGGACAUCAGCCUGGAACGAGAGGCCAUCGUUGAUACUGGCUUUCCUGAAACAGCUAAAACUCCUAUUGAUGCUUUUGUUCACAAUGAACAGCAUGAAGAACCUGCCAUUUCUCAUGCUCACGAACCAGAAGAGAUGGUGUUUCACAGGACACCUCUCCCUGACGACCCAGAUGAACUUAGCUUUAGUGCUCAGAGGCCUGUCCCAAUAUCACAGGGACCAUGUUUUGAGGAUUUGGAUGUUACACCUGAAAAAGAAGGCAAAAGUAGUGACUACGACCGCACGGACGUGUCCUCUUCUCUCUCAAAUGGGAUAUCUGAAAAUCUGUGCUCACCUCAAACCAGUUUAAAGAUAGCGGAUCUGUUAGAGACACCCAACCCCACUUCUGCUUGUCGCCAAGCAGGAAGCCGUCUGUUGACCCAGACGACAAGUGAUCCAGACCCCCACAUCCCUCGAAGUGUUCAGCCUGAAGUAGAGUUCCCUUAUUCAAGUGAAAGGCUGUUUGCCAACACACCAGGAGACUAUCCAUCAAGUUCUCAGCCUCAUACCUCACACCUCAUCCCUGAGACACCCACAGUGGAUCCUACUGGCCCAAACCAUCCAUCCUUCAUUCAGGCACCACCAAUGAGACAGCGUAUUGGUGAAGACUUAUUCAGACUAGUCCAGCACAUCAACUACAUGAACAUGAUGGACGUUUUGGGAGUUUCAUUUUCCAACCUGCAGCUAGCCCAGCAGAAUUCUUCAUCAUUUCCUCAGUUCGGCAUGAACCCCUCGCAUCCUGUUGUGCCUUCACCUCACGUUGCUAGUGUCACACCUCAGCAAAACCUUGUCACCCCUCAAUCACAAAUAUACAUGCCAAAUCUGGACGCUAACAACCCAGCCUCCAUGUAUGCACAUCAGCUUCCCAUUCAGAGCACUCCGAUGGAACGCUCUCCAUCAGCUGAUCAGUAUCACUACACCAGGAAUCUACCCUACAAAACACAUGGAAAUGAUCAGGGAUUCCAACCCCUUUCUGUGCAAGCAGAGUCGCCAGAAGUUCAAAGUAGGGAAAACAAGAACUUCAUCCCAUCCACUCAAGGACUUCUCACCACUGACACCCCCGUGAUACCGCAUAACGGUAACGUUAAUAUCGACCCUUCAUCCCAAGCCUUAGGUUUCAAGUUACUCCAGCGACAGCAGAACGUCCCGCUGCAGCCUCAGGCGCCACACGCUCCAAACUCGGCCCCUGUAGAACCAACAAGUAGAGCUGCGUCAAGGAAGAAACACAAGAAAAGAAAAGCUGCCAAAAGGUUUCUCCGAUUUAGGGACAUACCCUACUUUGAGGCCGCCUCGAGGUAUCAGACGUUCGAGGGAUCCGAGCAGCCUGCGUCGACACAUGGCCUUCGUCUGCUGCACUUGCAGCCUGAUCCACAAGAACACCUCACACUCUCCAGACGACCAUCACCGCCGAUGCCCCUUUUUGUUCCUGUUGUCCCGUUGGGAGAAUCCCCUCAGCCCCAGCUUCUAUACUUGGACUCUAAUUCAAGAACGAUGUCGUCCCCAGCGCCUCGCUUGUCCCAAAGGACCCGUCUCAUGUCCUUGGAGGAGCUGACGGGCUUAGUGGCGGGGAGGCGCAACUCUGAGGAGGCUCGACUCCAGCUGCUCAGAGUAAACGACCCCAGUGAGACAAACAAAGGGGCCACACCCAGCUCGGGAUCCAGCAAGAGGCAGAAGAGGAGAGAGAGGGCAUUGGAUGCAAGAAAAGAAAAUGAGUCCGUCAUUAUUACACAAAAGCCAAAAGAGGAGCCAAUUGUUGCAGAGAAAAAGACUCCUGCAAGAGAUGUUACCUUUCAACAUGGCUGUAUCAAAUCUUUACCUACUGGUCGGGUGUUACUGACCAAAGCAAGUUCGACUUCAGCUGAGCUUCAUGCCUUCGCCGCCACGUGCAAAAGACCCCCCGAGUGCCUCGAUGCAUUCACCAACACGGACCCAAAGUAUUCCCCCAUGCUGGUGGAUAAAGCUGUGUCCACCCAAGCGUUUGCAGCGGCCAUUACGGCCAACAUACAACAUUCAGAGAAACUACACCUGCGCAAAGAGAGCCGUCCUCGAGAAACAGUUGACAUCCUGAUAUCGCAAGAGGAAAGGAAUGUGGAUCAGGUCGGUCGCAACUUCCUGAGCGUCUUGGACAUUGAGGAGGGUACAUGGCAUCACGAUUUGCCGCCUCUUAGCUCCGGAAUGCAGGAAAGGAAGGAUGCUUCUGCCCCCCCGCCUCCCGUACUCACACCUGCCCAGCUUCAUGUGCUUGCAACUUCCAUCGUAAAUAACACCCAUGCUGCCCCUCGGGAUUUACAACCAUCAAUCAAAAUUCCAGAACAAAACGUCAAAACCAUCACGCAAUCAGGUGUCCUCGUGCACCCUCCUCCUGUCCAUCCCACCUCGUCCGGCAAAGAGCAAGAACGAGUCACUUCACAUUACGCUGAGAAUCCACCUGACUCUGAUUUCUAUAAAUCCAAUACCGGGACAGAAAUCGAUCACAGUCCUCCAUCCAUCUAUAAAGACAAUAGUGCGUCACAAGUAGAUCACAGUCCUCCAUCCAUCUAUGAAGCCAAUAGUGCGCCACAAAUAUAUCACAGUCCUCCAUCCAUUUAUAAAGCCAAUACUCCACCACAAAUGGAUCACAAUCCUCCAUCCAUUUACAAAGCCAAUAGUGCACCAACAAUUGGUCCCAGUCCUCCAUCCAUUUACAAAUCUAAUAGUGCACCACAAAUAGAUCGCAGUCCUCCGUCCAUUUACAAAGCCAAUAGUGCACCACAAAUAGAUCGCAUUCCUCCAUCCAUUUACAAAUCUAAUACUUCACCACAAAUGGAUCACAAUCCUCCAUCCAUCUGUGAAGCCAAUAGUGCGCCACAAAUCGAUCACAGUCCUCCAUCCAUCUAUAAAGCCAAUACUGUGCCACAAAUCUAUUCUACUGGGCCACAAAUCGAUCGCAGUCCUCCAUCUAUCUAUAAACCCAGCACCGUGCCAGAAAUCGAUCACAGUCCUCACAGUCCCCCACUCAUCUAUAAAGCCAAUACUGCGCCACAAAUCCAUUCUAAUGGACCACCAAUUGACCGCAGUCCUCCAUCCAUCUAUAAACCCAGUAUCGUGCCUGAAAUCGAUCACAGUCUUUGCAGUCCUCCGUCCAUCCAUGAUCCCAAAACAACGCCACAAAUUGAUCACAGUCCUCCAUCCAAAAACACAGCAGUCUGGUUUUCAUCCCGCCUGUCUGAGCUGGAUUCUCAGCUGGCUGCCCUGCAGAACAUUGCUGACUGUUUGGAGAAGGACCUUCCUGGAUCCACAAUAGGAAAUGAGUUGGUCUACCAACCUGAGCAAGUCUCCCCAGUUUCAACUCCGAAGGCUGUAAGAAAAACAGUUCGACUGUCUCUCCCGGCUGAAGAGCAGAAAACAGAAAACAGUCAAAGAAAGAACACCUUUGUAACCAAAUCUGCACAGGCACUUCAGCUUGUACCAGAACUUGACAUCAGCAAAGUAGAGCAAGGGUAUCAGGAAGAAGACGAGGAUGUGUUUCGCUAUCACCCAAAUAACCCUGACAGAAGGAGGCCAUCUCUGCAUCUAUCAUCUUCUACUCAGCUUGGUUACGACGCCCCCUCAUCCCACCAAUACACCUCUCCAAAUCAUAAGAAUAUUCUAACAAGAACAUUGGAAACAUCUGAGGAGACGGCUGAUGAGAGUCUGGACCAGACGGGGUUGUCUGACACUGUGGAAAUACUUGAAGGCUUAGUAAGGGAAGGUUAUUUAUCUCAGACGGACCUAGACAUGUCAUUUUCGGACACGGCGGCUCCUGGCAGCAGCAGAAGGGAGCAGUGGGAGCAGCAAAGCUGGCAGAUAUCCCCCAGACAUGCUCUUGCAGACGACGAAAGGAGGGAGCUGAGAAUGUGGAUGAGGAGGAAGCAUCGGGAGCGACGGUCUGUUUACCAGAAACAGAGAGCGAGCCUGCGGGAGAAAGAAAUCAAACCUUUUACGACAUCGACAACAUCGAAGUCUACUGGCCAAGGGACAGGUUGGAAAAACACGGAGGAAAAGCAGAAGGCAAUGCUUUUGAAACAAUUCAACGCGAGGAUCCGCGAGGCCACUGAUUUGGCAAGUCAACUUGGUGGCAACCCACUCACCAGGUCCCGCGCUGCUGCGAUUGAUGUGAACGGGAUGCCCGCCCCCGCUGUCACUGUCCGUCCUGCCUCUGCACCGCCAUGCAAUCGCAGCCUUGAGAAAAGAAGUCUGAAGCGUCCCUCAGGACAAACACAUGCCCAGCGUCGCCCUUGGACUGCUGAUGUCUCAGGACAAGCUUCAGAGGACAGCAGGAGGCUACCAAGACCAGGGACCUCUCUGUCGCGGGACCCUGCCUUCUCUCCACGGGGCUUGUUGACGUCAGCAAAGAGCCACGAGGAGCAGCGUUUUAGAAAUCAGAGGCAGCAAAGAAGGCUGUCAGACGUGGAGGAGAGCGAUGCAGACACCUUGAAGCUGCUUGGCCUAGGCAAGACCAAAUCAACAGGACUUGUGGACACGCAGAACGAUGGUGCCCCAGCUGGCGUGUCGGGUAUGGACUGGCUGGACAGAGUGUCAGAGAGCGGCGGCAGCAGCCUUAGCGAGAUCGACUGGGCGGCCAUCGAGAAGAUGGCAGCUGCAGAGGAGCCCUGACCUGAAACUCAUGUUCCAGAUAAAUGAUGUGCCUUUUCUACGUAUACACCUCAAGUAGAAAUAAUAAUGAUCAUGAUGAAGUUUUAAUUUGUCCAUAGUUUAGAGUUUGAUCAAGAAGUACACAAUAGAAGAUUAAAAUAAAAUUAAAAAAAUCGGUCUUAGCCUGGGCCCUGGAGUGGGGGUGCAGACUGAGGCCAAGGGAACAAAACAACAACUCAUAGCCAUAGUACACAUCCCUCUUACAUGUGUGUAAGAGGGAAACAUCCAAGAACACAGAGGACAUUAAAGACAUUAAAGCAGCAGAUACAACCUGA